AUGGACUAUUCGAACGCAACCAUGUAUCAGAAUUUGUACACAUUUAUAAUUAACUCUCCAACUCUAAUUUCACUCAGGGUUCGAGAUCUGAUGCGCUCAGGGGUCAUAAAGCCGUCACAGAAACCCAUCUGGUUUGAUGUAUACGAUGCGUUUCCACCCAAGAAGGAGCCCCUCUACGUGAAGCCACACACCAGAACCACCAAGAAGCAGGACCCAGUGCCGGAAAUCCUGUACAGAGAGGAUGAAAUCAGAGCGAAGUUCUUUGAGCAAUAUGGGACGGGUUAUCGAUCCUUUUUGCUUCACAAGCCAGACUUUGUUUCUACGUGUCAGAGGUUCGUAGACAAGUACAUGGAGCUGAAGAGCCGCGAUGAGCUGAGUGAGGCCGCUCUGUUUGAGGAGACCGGGAAGGCAUUGCUCGCAGAGGGCAUCACGCUGAAAAGGAGAGGAGCUCCCCCUGUGUCAGCAGAGUCCAGGGAGUCCAGGCUAACAGAUGUGUCAGCGGAGCAGCAGGUGGUCGGUGCUGGCAGCGAGGAGACAACAGAUGCCACACAUACACAAUAGACCUCAGCACAAAUGAUGUUUGACUCUGAGAAGCUGUAGCUCUGGUUCUGCUGCCCCUCUGAAAGGGAUGUUCAUCUGUGGAAACGGCCGUAGAGCGGCUGUGGGUGUCAGCUUCAUGUUUCCUGAACUAAGAAGUCGCUCUCUCCACAGGGCACUGCGCCACCAGCUGGGGGUCCUUAUUUUAAGAUCAACGGGUCUUUAAAUCUUGACUGUACAUUGUCGUUAUGUUAGUUUAUAUAUUUAUGUUUAAUCAUGUAACUGUGGAAAUGAAAGAUACAAUUAAAGUUACUUGGUUAACAAGUA